AUGAGUAGUAGCAACAACUUUGAAAUUCCAGAAACAAGCGAAGGAAAAAUUAACUAUGCAAAAAAGCUGAAGGACGAUGGUAACGAUCAGUUCAAGCAAGGCAAUUAUUUAAAGGCCAUCAAACUCUACAAGACCAUCUUUCUCUAUGUUACGGGAUUAGAAUCAAAUUUAAUGUCAGUAAUGUCCAACAAUAAUAACCCAAACGCAGGAUCGUCUGCAUCACAAACUCUCUCUGAAACAGAACAAUUACAAGUUACAGCAAAUCUAAAUAUUGCACAAUGUUAUCUCAAAUUAGAGAAAUAUGAGCAAGCUUUGGAGUAUUCACAACGAGCACUGAAAUUGGAGCCUAACAAUAUUAAAGGAAGAUUGAGAAAAGCUUUGGCACAUCUCGGAUUGAAUGACAUUGAUAAUUCCGAGAGAGCGCUUGAAGAUGUAUCCAAAGAAAUUCCAAAUGAUCCUCUCGUGAAACAAGGAUACAAAAAAUUAGAAGCAUUAAAAAAGGAACACAGAACAAAGGAAAAGAAGAUGAUGAUGGGUAUUUUCAGUGGUCUCGGAUCCGAUCAAUAA